CAUCACGAAUCACGGUCCUGAUGACCACUUUGGGGUUAAAUACCCCGAUCAGACCGGAACUUCCUUUUGUGUAAAGAUGGCGGCGCUCCGUGUCGUGGUCGCCGGCAGCGGGAGGACUCUCCUGAACUCCUCGAAAACCGUCCACGUUUCACGGGCCGGCAUGUCAUUCUCAAUCCUGCCACAGGGAAGGAAAGUGGUCCUGUCUACGCUGGGCCUCCUAACGGCAGGGGGCACUGGUCUGGCCCUGAUGCUGCACCAGUCUGUGAAAGCCUCAGACCUGGAGCUGCACCCCCCCUCGUACCCGUGGAGUCACGGGGGCCUGAUGUCUUCUCUGGACCACGCCAGUAUUCGCCGCGGCUACCAGGUGUACAAGCAGGUGUGUUCCGCCUGCCACAGCAUGGAGUACCUGGCCUUCCGAAACCUGGUGGGCGUGUCCCACACCGAGGCGGAGGUCAAGACGCUGGCCGAGGAGAUUGAGGUGGUGGACGGGCCGGAUGACACUGGUGAGAUGUUCACCAGGCCGGGGAAACUCUCCGAUUAUUUUCCGAAGCCAUACCCCAACUCCGAAGCUGCCCGCGUGGCCAACAACGGAGCCCUGCCCCCUGACCUCAGCUACAUCGUCAACGCCAGGCACGGAGGAGAGGACUACGUGUUCUCCCUGCUGACGGGCUACUGUGAGCCCCCUGCUGGGGUUGAUGUCAGGGAGGGGCUCUACUACAACCCCUACUUCCCUGGACAAGCCAUUGGCAUGGCCCCGCCCAUUUACAAUGAAGUGCUGGAGUAUGACGAUGGAACGCCGGCCACCAUGAGCCAGGUGGCGAAGGACGUGUGCACCUUCCUGCGCUGGGCGGCCGAGCCGGAGCACGACCAGCGCAAACGCAUGGGGCUGAAGCUGCUUCUGGGUGCAGGCAUCCUGUUCCCUCUGGUCUACUACAUGAAGAGACACCGAUGGUCUGUGCUGAAGAGCCGGAAGAUCGCCUACAGACCGCCCAAGUAACGCGGCUACGUCAGAUAUCACCUGCUACAGACCAUCCAUACGAAACUGCCAUUCAGCAGCCGCUACCUACAGACCAUCCAUACGAAACGGCCAUUCAGCAACCGCUACCUACAGACCAUCCAUACGAAACGGCCAUUCAGCAGCCACUACCUACAGACCAUCCAUACGAAAUUGACAUUCAACAGCUGCUACCUACAGACAAUCAAACUGCCCCACCCAAUGACCCUCUCUGGACUCCGCUCUGGGGAAUUCAAAACCACGGGUGUCAGGGGGAAUUCAAAUCCACGGGUGUCAGGGGGCAUUCAAAUCCACGGGUGUCGUUCCUCCUGAAGUGAACCAUCGUCCAGUCCAGGUUGUGCAGAAUUGAGAGACUGCUGGCGGUCUUCCACAAAGGCCCCUGGUUUAGUGAUCGGGGGACUGGGGGAGCUCGGGCCUACGUUAAUUUGUGUCCUUGAAAUGACAUUUUAAAGGUUGUUGGUGCCCUCAGGCCCUUUCUGGGGGUGCAAUACCAUUUCAACGCCAAGUUCACUGCAGACUUAACGUAAUUAGCAGUAUUUCAUGUGCUCUGUAGACAUUUGGUUGUGUAAAUAUUAAGUGUUAAAUGGUAUACAUACACAUAACAUGCUGAGUGCACACAGGGAUGCUGACAUUGUUGUUUUUUUAUAUUCAUUCAAGUUGUUCAGGGGUCCUGACCCAAUUGGUAAAACUGAUUCCAUAAAAAUAAAAAUUAAAAAGGAAAUUCAAUAAAAAGGUUUUUUAAAUUUACAA